AUGUAUUCGUUGUCUGAUGAAAGCCCGGCCAAUCCUCUCGGUCCCGACUGGACGCUCUCCCCACACUGGACGAACGGGAAUCGUUUCAUAUCCUAUUCGAUCGAACCCGCUUGUCUCGACCAGACGCUCGUCCCCGCUGCCGAACGGGCGACCAACAGGACCUACCUCUUUGCCAAGACUCGGGACUAUAUCGAAUCACACCACAACGACACGGCGUGGACGUUGGACGAUCUGGGCGGCGUGAUCGAUCGUCUCGGACUCGACAUGAUCGCGGGGAUUCGGGACGAGGACGACGAGACGUCUCGAGAUCACUUGAAAUCGCUGGGGAUCGACAACAAGGGCAGGCUGGACGCGCACAGCUUUAGAGGGUACGUCUCGUCGUCCCGCUUGUUCGUCGGUGUGGGGAGGCCACGCAUCAGUCCGAGCCCGUUGGAAGCGCUCUGUCUGGGCGUGCCAUUUAUCAACCCGAUCGGGAUUUACGAUCACGAGGAUGUGUGGAACGUGUCCGCCUGGAACUCGCAGCAUUGGGCAUUUCAGCAUAUGGAGCCACCUUACGUCUACAACGUCUUUGCUCGCGACAUAGCAGGUCUCGAAUCGGCCAUCGUAGCGGCGCUCGCCCAUCCCAUUGAUUCGUGA